AAGUCUUCCCCUAGACUUCAAACCCUUUCUUCUUCCCAUAAUCUCUCUUUUAUUGCUAUUAUGGAACCCCUGCUAGAUAAUAACCCGUUGGAGGAUUAUAAGCAUAUGUUGGGUAUGACCAAUGCAUCCAACCAUCUGAAUAAUCAACUAUGGAUAUUUUGGAAGGAACCAAGUCUAAUUCUGAUCCAAACAGUUGAAUGCCCCCAAAUCAUACACUGCCAAUUCACCUCAGCUGCAAUGCAUGGCCCAUUGUGGAUUUCUUCUGUCUAUGGCAGGCACACCAGGGCUGAAAGAACUGCAUUAUGGAAUACCAUAUCAUCCAGGGCCCCUAGCAUACAUCCAUGGAUCAUUGGAGGAGAUUUUAACUGCAUCCACAGCCUUGACCAACACAAAGGGAACUGCAAUCCUUGCAAUAACUCAGUGGAGGAUUUUAGAGAAUGCAUGGAAGCCGGCAAUCUCCUUUACACCCAUCCUUCAGGAGGACAUUUUUCUUGGAGUGGGAAACGAAGCAAUGGGAAGCUUUGGCGCAGACUCGACCAUGUUUUUAGCAACCAACAAAUGCUGGAUAGGACUAGCAGUCUACAACUCUCUAUGCUUAGUAAGGGAGCAUCAGAUCACAGGCCUUUUCUCCUAGAUCUCUCUUUGGAUACGUAUUCUGGUCCCAAACCCUUCCGGUUCUUGGACUUGUGGGUUUCACACCACACUUUAGAAGGCACCAUCAGAUCUUUUUGGGAGAACAAUAAAACCUACAAUGGAAUGAAAGGCCUUGGGAGAAAACUCAAGGAUCUCAAGGCCAUUUUGUCCAAAUGGAGCAAGGAGGAGUUUGGUAACAUCUUCCAGCAACUUAAGGAGGCAGAAUCUAGAGCAAGCAGGGCACAAGACCAUUUUGAGGCAAACCCAAACCCGGAAUCUUUGGUUGAAUUUAACAAGGCCAAUGCUGAAUUACUCUUAUUUUCCAAAAGAGAAACUGACUUUUGGAGGCAGAAGUCUUGCAUCAGAUGGUUAAAAGAGGGGGAUGCAAGCACAACAUUCUUUCAUAAUGUGGUUAAAAAUAGGCGCCAGAAGCUUAGGAUCUCCUCCAUCAAGGAUGAUCUUGGCCUGAACAUCGAGGGGGACAGUAACAUUGCUUCACACGCAAUUGAUUACUACACCAAGAUCUACUCUGAAGAAUCAGUCAGUAUUAACCCAGAACUGCUCUCAUAUAUUCCUAAGAACAUUAAUGAAGGGGAUAACCAAAUGCUUUGUGCUGUUCCACAAGAGGAGGAAAUAAGGGGGGCCAUCUGGGACCUCAACUCCCAUAGUGCACCAGGCCCAGAUGGAUAAACUGGGACUUUUUUCAAAACCUUUUGGCACAUAGUCCAUGAAGAAGUGACUAGAGCAACCCAAGAGUUCUUCCUGGGUCUGCCCAUUCCUAAAUCCUACGGGGCCACUCUCCUCACUCUGAUUCCUAAGAUGGACAACCCUAAAUCUUUGGGAGAUUACAGGCCAAUCUCACUGUCCACUUUCCUCUCAAAAAUCAACACUAAGAUACUAGCCAAUAAACUGGGUGCACUACUUCACAAACUCAUCAGCCCUGAUCAAAGUGGGUUUCAACCAG